CUGCCGGAGAGAGUAGUGCGCAGUGUGUCUCUCGCUCGUAUGCGAGUCGGUUGUUUAAGUGUCGGUACUGACCUGCUGUGAACUGUGAUCUCGCUUCAGUGAACAUUUUGAACAAAGUCAACAUUUCCUAAGUGUAACAGUGAAGAUACAUGAAAUAUUUAAGUGUGCUUAGAGACUAAGGAUUGUUUUAAAAGUGUGUAAAGUGUAGCAUGCGAGAUAUGACAAGCAUGGCUCUAGUGGUGCAAGAGAGAGACCGUCCCUCGCCGAAAGUGUGGCAGCCGUGGUAUAUGGACGAAAGCGAGGGCGGAGGGAAGGAGCUGCCGACGCGAACGCACAGGGACCAAAGGACCAGAGACCGGCUGGCCCUCGCGCGGCCCCCGCACAGGACCACUCCCAGCCCCGAGCGCGGCUGUUUCCAGCGACGACGAGAUCAACGUGGUGGACUCCCCGCCGCCGCCGCCCCACUACGCCGCCGCCUACUACCCGCCCUUGGACGACGACGUCCCGCUCGACAUGACCACCAAGCGGCGCUCUCCCCCGCCCGCCCACUCGCCCCACCACGCCCCCACCUCUAACUCCCCCUCACCCCCGCCUUACCAUCCCCGCCCCACCUACCUCCCUGCCCCCGCCCCGCCCGCCCCACGGUCAUCACCUGCGUCCCUCCGCGCUAUCUCUCUGCCCACGACCUCCCGCCGGCCGAGCCCGCCCACCUGCAGCACAGUCACAGGGACUUGCCGCCUGCGUACUCGGAGAGGCCGCUGCCGCCCCCAUACAGUGUGGCGACCGCCCACCUCAGCCAGCAGCGAGCCCUGAGUGCGCGAGAGGCCAGCCCUGCCCACCCGCGGCCUCUGCCUCCUCCGCAGCCCUCCAGUCCCGCCCACAGGGACGCCUCCCGCCCAGAGGACCCGCCCGCCGUCCGAAGACAAGUCGU